AUGCAUCUCUCCAUUUUACUUUCGGUUCUCAUCGCACUUCCCAUCCUCCUACGCCUCAGCCGAGUCCUCUUCUCUCCGCUGAGGAGCAUCCCCGGUCCAUUCUGGGCCCGCGUAAGCAGGCUGUGGUACUUCGACCGUGUACGCCGCGGCCAGUUCGAGCACGAAAAUAUCCGCCUACACCAACAGUAUGGCCCAGUGGUGCGUGUCGCUCCCAACCACUACAGUCUCAGCGACAUCUCCGCCAUCAAGACCGUCUACGGGACAGGGUCACGGUUUGCCAAGUCGGCCUGGUAUGAUGGAUGGAAACAUCCCGCGCAGUGGAAUGUAUUCGCGGACCGAGAUAUCAAAAGACAUGGUUUGUUCUGUCUGGGGGAGAAGAGGAAUUUCACUGCCGACGCUGAUACAAGAAAACGGUACACGAGUCUCUACUCGAUGAGCUCGCUGGUGCACUAUGAGUCCUUUGUAGAUCACUGCGCCCAGCUAUUCACGCAGCGCUUAACCGAGUUCGCGGAUCGACAACAGCCUCUUAAUCUAAGUCACUGGUUCCAGUGCUAUGCAUUUGAUGUGAUUGGGAAUAUCACAUUCGGAGAGCGGUUCGGGUUCCUGAACCGAGGCGACGACAUCAACGGGGCAAUGGGAGCCAUAGAAAAAAUCACGAUAUACAGCACACUUGUCGGGAUCUAUCCCGAAUGGCAUCCCCGACUCUUCGGACCCCUCAGCCGAUUCAAAUGGUCCGGCCCCGGCGGGCAAGCCUUCAUCAGCCGGUUCGUACAGGAGAAGAUCCGACUGCACGAAGAAAAGGGUCUAGGACAUCAAGCAGGAGAUGAAGAGACCAAGACCCAGGACUUUGUGGAAAAGAUGAUAAUCGCUCGCGACAAGAACGCUGAGAAAGUGACCGACUACCACCUGCUCAUCAUGGGUCAGUCCAAUGUCAUCGCUGGGUCCGAUACUACGGCCAUCAGUCUGUCGGCUAUCAUGUGGUAUCUGCUGCAAUAUCGUGAGGUGCUUCGCAAACUGCGUCGGGAAAUCGAUGAUUUCAGUGCCCAGGGCCGUUGCAGUGCCGAUGUUACUUUCAAGGAGAGCCAGGAGAUGCCGUAUUUCCAGGCCGUUAUGAAGGAGGCUCUACGAAUGCAUGGCGCCACCGGUCUGCCGAUGUGGAGAGAGGUUCCUGCUGGGGGUGCCGAGAUUAGUGGUCGUUUUUUCCCGGCUGGUGCUGUUGUCGGCAUCAAUACCUGGGUUGCACACUAUGAUGAACGGGUGUUUCCCGACGCAAAGACCUUCCGGCCGGAGCGAUGGAUUGAAGCAGAGAGUGAACCAGAGAAACUAAAGGUCAUGAACCAGAUGUACAUGCCAUUCGGCCUGGGAUCGCGAACGUGUCUAGGAAAGCACAUUUCGAUUCUGGAGAUGUCCAAACUGAUACCUCGACUCGUACGAGCUUUCGACUUUGUUCCUCUCAGACAGGCCUGGCACACGGAAAACUUCUGGUUUGUCAAACCGACAGACUUCGAAGUUCAUGUGCAGAAGAGGACCCCAGGCCCAACGACAGUAUAG